AUGAACACAUCCAUCGGCCCACCGCCGCCAUACUCUGUGGUCGAUAACAUUCAAAAAAUCGUCUUGAAGGUUUUUUAUUGCAAGAAGAAGUUGUUUAAACCUCGUAUUUCUGUAAAGAGCCUUGAAAUUGAUAACAUAUAAGUUUCAUUGUUGAGAGAUCAUUUCUUAAUCGGCACAAAAUGGUAGUUCCUAGACUUAAUGCUCGUAGGAGCUGAAACUUCAGGGCCUUUGCUUGAUCCCUCACAGAGGUUUCCCGUAAUUUAAAAUUAAGAAUAUUCCGAUUUUUGAAAUGAAAUUGACAAAAAAAUGGAAUCAAACCCAAUAUCAUUUGAAAAGUCUCUCAAUCGUGCCGAUUUUCGAAUAUUUCAGGUUGAGCCUCACACGGAAAUGAGCCGAGCCUUGGCCAACACAAUGCAGUUGCGCAGAGAAGCCGAGCUUCAACGCAAGAAGGUGUCCCACGUCUCCAAAGAGUGAGAUUCCGUCGAACCGUGUUUGAAAAGAUAAGAAUGUUCAGUUUGAUCGACUUCUGCGAGAAGAACAAAAAGAAAGAUGUUCUUGUCACUGGAGGACUUAGCGACAGCCGCAAUCCGUACCAGGAGAAAAAAGGCUGCAGUCUUUUCUAA